CUAGCUUUUAUAACAGUUGUUUGUCGUUGGUGUUUGGUGUUUUUUUUUUGUAAAGGUUUUAAAUGUUGAAAAAGUAACUUAAAAGCGUUAAAAAUGGUUUGCGGGCCGAGCGAUCAUAAUUUGCAGGCGGAGGUGGUGUUUGUUAUUGAAGGAACGGCUGUAAAUGGGGCUUACAUCAAUGAUAUUAAAACGAAUUAUAUUUUGCCCUCUUUGGAAUACUUCAGCCAGGGUAACAUGGAGGAAUCCAAUCAUUUAUCUGAAAGUUCAAACUCUGUAUAUGGUAUCGUUGUGUAUCAAGCUGCUGAUUGUCUACCACAUCCAAGUACGGAUACUUUUGGGCCUUUCAGUAGCGCUGCAAAGUUAUAUUCCGCCAUAGAAAAGCUGGAAUUGGUAGGAGGUAAAGGGGAAUCCCAUGCCAACAUUGCAGAAGGUUUGGCAACUGCUUUACAAUGUUUUGAGGAGCUGCAAGGGAAAAAAGACAGCAACUCGCAAAAGCAUUGCAUUUUAAUUUGUAACUCUCCCCCCUACUCAAUGCCAGUACUUGAAUCACAUUUAUAUUCAGGAAAGAACUAUGAACAGCUUGCAACUAUUUUACAAGAGAAAAACAUUAAUUUAACUGUCAUUUCGCCAAGAAAAAUACCAACUUUAUACAAACUUUUUGAAAAAGCGGGCGGUGAUUUAAGUGCAUCGCAGACCAAAAACUAUGCUAAAGAUCCAAGACAUUUGGUGCUACUAAAGGGAUUUAGCCUCAAAGAGAGGCCCAUAAGCCCCCCACCAGCAAACAUAGUGACGUCAGCGCAACCCCAAAUUCAGAACCCUGCAGUUCCCAUAACCUCCCUACCUUCUCCAGGGCCUGGGGGAGAAAGCCCUAUAGCCGGUGCUAACCCCAAUAGCGCUAAUAUAAUGCAAGGAAACGCAAACAAUGUGGUGGGGGUGAACGCGGGACAAAGCCCUGUAUACAGGCCCCAAAAUAACCAAGAAUUUUUGGGCUUGAACAAUAUGCAACAGCACAACCAAGGCAUGGUGCAGGCUCAGAAAGGGGUGGGGGUAGGUGUUGGGGGUAGGAUGAUUGGUCAGCCCCAAAUGCCCAUUCAACAAAUAAAUCCGCCGCAAUACGCAGGCCACGUCAAUAGGUCCCCACACUGGCCUAUGCCCCCUCCGGUGCAACAAAGACCCUAUCUCCCAAAUAACCCCCCUGGUAAUGCCGCGCAAGGGGGUAGUGCUCUUAUAGCCCAGCUAACUCAGCCCCCUUCUUCUAUGCCUGGAGCUGGGGUCAACCAAUUUGGACAAAUAAACGCAGCGUCUCCCAAGAUGUUAAACAUAAACCAACCUCAAAAUAUUCCCGCCUCGAUGCCUCAAAAUCAACCCGGAAUCCAGAGUGCUAUGCCUGGAAUACAAACUUCGCAGGCCAACCAAGCGGUGGCGCCACAAGCUACUAGCCCUUCUCAGCCUAACCAGGCUCUAAGUCAAACCAGGGAGAGACACACCAUUUGGCAAGGUUUGUUGGAGUGGAUAGAGAAGCCCAAAAACGGCUCGGAUCAGCAAAAAAUUACGAAACAUGUGCCCUGUCAGGUGUCUGCAAAUACUAAGGAGGGUGAACCUGAAUUAAAAGCGGAAGGUUGGCCGCAAAAACUGAUAAUGCAGUUAAUGCCGAAACAACUUAUAGGCAACAUAGGGGGCGCUUAUCUCAAAAACUCAAAAUCCGUAUUGUUUCACCCGUCAAACUGCGAAGCUUUGGAGUCUCUAACCAGAGUAAUGUCAUCGGGAUUUGCCGGUUGCGUGCAUUUCACUAGCAUGCCCAACACUCCAUCUUGCGACAUCAAAGUACUGAUUUUGCUUUACACGGCCGAAAAGAGGGCUUAUUUGGGCUUCAUACCCAACGAUCAAGUCGCCUUUGUCGACCGUUUAAGGAAGGUGAUACAGCAGCAAAAGUCCACGCAACAAAUGCGCCAAAAUCAGGGCGGCGUAGGUCCAAAUAUCAACCCUCAAACGCCGGGGGGCCCUAUGCCUAUGGCGGGUACUUCCCCGCAAAUGCCUAAUCCGGCAACGUCGCAGAGCCCACAGCAAGGCAUGAUGAUAUCGCAAACCAACACGUUAUCAAUGGGGGGCGGGCAGAUAACGCAAAACGUAGUGACGUCAUCGGGACAGCAGAAUCCCGGCAUGGGUAUAAUGGGUCAGUCCGUCCCUGGGGCGGGAAUGCGCCCCAACAUACGCAUGGCGGGAAUACAGCAGCAAGGCAACCAGCAGAACAUGCAGCAAGGGGAAUUCGAUGGUAUGAUGGGCGUUCCGCCGCAAAGGGGCGCCCCCAUCGAGAACCAGCUUCAAGCCGAACGUCAACACAACUUGGAGAAGAUAAAUCAGCUUCGACAGACGCUCGAAGCUGCGCAGCAGCAAGAGCAGCAGUACAAGAGCCAGCUGGAGCGGAUUAGUCACAUGAAAACGUCGCAGCUUCAAGAAGCUUUGCAGGUCGCGCAGCAAACCGAGAUGCACUACAAGAUGUUGGAGCAGCAAAGACAAUUGGGGCAAGCUGGUAAUCCACAACCCAACCCAGGUGCACAACAGCAACGAUUAAUGAGGCCUGGAAUGAGCAAUAAUCCAGGAUUAAGGCAUUUAUUGCAACAGCAACCUCAGUACAGACAGCAGUUAAUGGGUAUCCCGCAAAUGGGCGGUAAUGGGCCCAGACCGCAAAUGGGGCAACAGAUGCCCAAUCAGGGUAACAAUCAGAAUUCCACGUUCGAUGACGUGCCCAAUUUUGACUUUAUGUAAUUUUUAUGUGAAUAGGUAUGUAAGUUAUAAUUUUUUUAAAGAUUAAUAUAAUAUUAAAGUAUUUUUAUUUAUGUUGCUCAAUGAUGGAUUGGUAGACAAAACUGUAUAUUCUACAAUUCUAUUAUAAACAGUUUACUUUAUUUUAAUCAUAAUACCACAUUACCCCAUUUAUAUAUAAUUAUAAUAAUGCAAUUGACAUGAAUAAUCCUUUUAAUAGCUUUUAAGUUUAUUAUAUUUGCAUAUAAGCAAUUUUUACACAUUAAAAAUAUUGUUUGUAUCUAAUACAACAUCAUGAGGAAAAA